AUGGUUAACUUGCUUUGGUUGGAUGUUCUCUGGUCUUCAAAAGCUACUUUUCUGCUCCCAGGGCUCUCCGAUCACUCUCCAGUGGUGAUUUCAAUUCUUGAUGGGGUUAAUUUUGGUCCUAAACCAUUCCGGUUCUUUGAGGCGUGGAUUGGUAGAGAGGGGUUUGAUGAAGUGGUAGCUAGAGUGUGGGACAGCCUGGUGAAUAUGAAGCUUAAUCCUAUUCUUAGGUUUGUCGCCCGGCUCAAAAAUGUCAAGGCAGAGCUGAAGAAAUGGAAUAAAGAUAGUAUUGGGGAUGUUUCUCUUACAGUUAAAGAGGCUUCCUCGGAUUUAGCUCAGAUCCAAACUAGCCUUGCUGCCCAUCCUAAUGACCUCAAUUUGGUUUCUUUAGAAACAGCAGCCAAGAAGAAGUUGUGGGAAGCCCUUUGUAAUGAAGAAAAGUUUCUUAAAGAGAAGUCUAGAGUCAAGAACAUUCAGUUGGGGGAUGGUAAUAAUAGCUUUUUUCAUAAGUCUAUGGUGUGCAGGCAAAACAGGAAUCACAUUUUGGAGGUGUACAGUGCAGAAAAUGAGGUUAUCAAGGAACCGAAUCUGAUUAAAGAGGAGGUGAUUUCUUUUUACAUGAAUCUGUUUGGUGCUAAUGUUGAAGAUGUUGGGUUCUUCCCAGAGACUGUCCCUUUGCAACAUGGUCUGGACCUUGCGCAGCAAAACAGUCUUAUUGGGCAGGUUUCUAACAAGGAGAUUAGAGAGGUGGUUUUUUCCAUGAUGAACUCAAAAGCUCCAGGACCAGAUGGAUUUGGGGCAGCCUUUUUUAAGCAUGCUUGGGAGGUUGUUGGGGUGGAUCUCACUUUGGCUGUUAAGUGGUUUUUUUUCGAAGUCUAG